GUCAGCCUCAGCGCCAAGCCAAAGGCAAAGGCUCUCUUAUUCUCCCGGUUCUGUCCUCUCAAAAUCUACGACCCAUGGGGCGAAAACCUCUUAGUUCCGAUCGCAAUUCAGUUCAUCGCGCUAACUUCGAACGAUCAGACGUUUUGUAGAUCGUAAAUCGGUUCACAAUCAGUGACGAAAGCUAGAAUAGAUUGUAUCGCCAUAGGAAGGAAACUCCAAUCGGCGGAGUUCAGCAGUAAUCAACCGAGAUGAAGAUUGGACUGUUUUACCGGGUGUUGAUUAGUUCGUUAGUAAUUCUUCAAUUGUGCCAUUACGCGGUGAAAGCUCAAAGCGCACCUUGCACAACACCAACCCAACAUCCCGGCACGUGCGUAGCGAUUGAACGGUGUCGGAAUAUCUACAACAUUGUGAAUAACCCAACACCGCCCCCCAUCGGCAUUGCCAAUUACAUCAAAAGGGCGGCUUGUACUUUGCCAAAUGUGCAGCGAAGCAUCUGCUGCCAAAUGGCAGAGGUCGUCCCCGAACCUACGACGGUGGCCCCUCCUGUCAAACCAACCAGCGACUGGACACACCGUAAUUUAAAUCUGCUGCCCCGGAACUGCGGGAUGACGGUAGCCGAUAGGUUGGCCUACGGAAAUGCAACCAAGGUGUUCGAAUACCCCUGGAUGGCUAUUCUGCGGUACGACUACAACGGCGCCAUUACGGACGGCUGCGGUGGAUCCGUGAUCAACAAGCGCUACGUCUUGACGGCGGCACACUGUGUGAAGACGAAAAGCACUAUGCCAUUACAUAGUGUGGUACUGGGAGAGCACACGAAGAACCAAGCCAUCGAUUGUAACAUUUACACUGACAAAUCCGGCAAAGAAAUUGAGAGAGACUGCGCUGAUCCUAUUGAAGAAUUUGACAUUGAGUCAUUCGUUAUUCAUCCAGACUACAACCGUCCCAAAUACAGCAAUGACAUUGCGCUGGUUCGGCUCAACAAAGACGUUGUGAUGAAAGAUCACAUUCAACCUAUUUGCUUGCCAGUAACCUCAGCCCUUCAGAAAAUACUAUUUGAAAAAUACAUCGUAACUGGGUGGGGUACAACGGAGGAGAAAGUAGGAUCCAACAUGUUGCUGCAGGCGAAUUUACCCUACGUGAACAAUGCCGAGUGUCAGCGGCAAAUGAAUGAAAAUCGUUUGAAUAUCAAACUCAACGAGAAGCAGAUGUGCGCUGGCGGAAUAAACAGAGUGGACUCAUGCAAAGGCGAUUCGGGAGGGCCCCUGGGGUUCAGUGCAACGUACAAUGGGGCACGAUUUAUGCAAUUUGGCGUGGUAUCGCUUGGUGUGGAUUCCUGUGGUGAGAAGAGCGUACCGGGAAUAUACUGUCGAGUAGGCGCUUACAUGGACUGGAUACUGGACAACAUGACGGCUUAACAAAGUGGUCUUUAGUGACGAUGUGUAUGAAGCACUGUGUGCAUGUGUUCCCAUAAGACUUACGUUAGGUGUAAUAUUGUUGUAACUUUGGACAAAACCAAAUAUAUGUUUAUUUAAAACCAAAAA